AGUUGAUAAAAAUUCCGAUAAAAGUCAGACAGAACAGAAAUCGAAUUCAAACUCUAGUCAUCAUGUCAAACCCUUUCCGAAAGGCAGCGCCCGCACCAAAGAGCGCUCUCGGCUAUCAUCGAGUGCUUGCUCCCACUGCUGGCGUGCGGGUGUCGCCAUUAUGUCUCGGUACUAUGAAUUUCGGAACAGAAUGGGAAGCCUUCAUGGGUGAGUGUUCGAAAGAAAGCGCAUUUGCCAUUCUCGACGCUUUCUAUGAAAACGGAGGCAAUUUCAUUGAUACUUCGAACAAUUAUCAAUUCGAGCAAGCCGAACAAUGGAUCGGAGAAUGGAUGAAGGCUCGGGGAAACCGUGAUCAGAUUGUUCUCGCUACUAAGUUCACCGCAAAUUUCCGGGCUGCACACUUUGACAAAGAGCCCAUCCAGUCAAACUUUUCUGGUAAUUCCAUGAAAUCGAUGCAUAUUUCCCUCAAGAAGAGCCUUGAGAAGCUCCAAACAGACUACAUAGACCUAUUCUAUGUGCACUGGUGGGAUCUCACUACGGGAGUUGAAGAAGUAAUGCAUGGCUUGAACUCGUUGAUCACAGCCGGUAAAGUACUUUACCUCGGUAUUUCCGACACUCCUGCUUGGGUGGUUGUCAAAGCCAAUGACUAUGCUCGUACCAACGGACUUCGGCAAUUCUCCGUAUACCAGGGUAAAUGGAAUGCAUCCUUCCGAGACAUGGAGAGAGAACUCAUUCCCAUGUGUCGCGAUCAGGGAAUGGGGAUUGCUCCCUGGGCUGCUCUCGGCCAAGGGAGAUUUAAGAGCGCCGCUGCACGACAGACUGCUCAUACAGGAGCUGGAAGAGCUGCGCAGCUCUCUGAAAACGAGAUUCGUGUGUCCGACGCCUUGGAAUCCGUUGCAAAUCGUAAAAAUACUAGUCUGCACGCCGUGGCCUUAGCAUACAUUCUACAGAAGACACCAUAUGUAUUUCCAAUUAUUGGACAGCGAAAAGUUGACCAUCUUCUUGCCAAUAUUGAAGCUCUCAGUAUCGAGAUGACAUUUGAGGACAUCGAACAUAUCGACUCCGCCAUCCCAUUUGACCCAGGCUUCCCAUACAACUUCCUCGUUGACGGAAAAUAUGACUUGAAUGUGACCAGCUCAAACCUGUGGGCAACCAAGUUGGCAGGUCGUCUUGACAGUGUGGAGCACCAACGAGCUAUCAGACCCCAUAAGGAAUAA